AUGGCAAAGAUUUCACGUGGUGCCCCUGGUGGCAAGCUUAAGAUGACUCUCGGUCUCCCAGUCGGAGCCGUCAUGAAUUGCUGCGACAACUCCGGUGCCCGUAACUUGUACAUCAUUUCCGUCAAGGGUAUCGGUGCCCGUCUCAAUCGUCUUCCAGCCGGUGGUGUUGGUGAUAUGGUUAUGGCAACUGUCAAGAAGGGAAAGCCAGAAUUAAGAAAAAAGGUUAUGCCAGCGGUCAUCGUUAGACAGUCAAAGCCAUGGAAGAGAACCGAUGGUGUUUUCUUGUACUUCGAGGAUAACGCCGGUGUUAUUGUCAACCCCAAGGGAGAGAUGAAGGGAUCCGCCAUCACUGGACCAGUCGGAAAGGAAGCUGCUGAAUUAUGGCCACGUAUUGCCAGCAACUCUGGUGUCGUCAUGUAA